AUGGAUUAUUCUUCUUCACAUCCAUUCACUCACUCAUCUAACUUUGUUGAUCUUCUCAAUAGUCAACAAGAACUUCCUCUUCAUGAUCCAUUUUCUUCUCAAAGCCAAAUCCCUCUGUUCAGCAGCCAAUGCACCGAAGCCUCCACCUACAAUGACGACAGCCCUGCAGAUCGCAAAGAAAGGAAGGCCUGGACUCCAACCGAUGAUGUGAUACUCAUUUCUGGGUGGCUGAACACGUCAAAAGACCCGGUGGUGGGUAAUGAGCAGAAGUCUGGUACCUUUUGGUGGAGGAUAGCAGAAUACAUUGCUUCUAGUCCGAAGGCUGCAGGCAAAGAAAGAAGAGAACCAGUCACAUGUAAGGCAAGAUGGCAAAAAAUAAAUGAUUUGGUGUGCAAGUUCUGCGGUUCUUAUGAGGCUGCAACAAGGGAGAGAGCCUCAGGAAUGAAUGAGAAUGAUGUGCUGAAACUUGCACAUCAAAUUUUCUUUAAUGAUUACAAAAAGAAAUUCACCUUGGAGCAUGCGUGGAAGGAACUACGUAACGACCAAAAGUGGUGUGAAGUUUCUGCGAAUAAAGUUGGAGGAAGUGUUAAAAGGAGGAGACGCGAGGACGGGCUACAAGCACCAGUUCCUGCUGCAGAUGAAAACAACAAUGUGGAAGGCGAUCAAGGAGGCAACAGGCCACCAGGUGUGAAAGCUGCCAAAAAUAAAGGAAAGAAGAAGGUGGAUGAUGGCAAAGCUUUAUCAGAAUUCCAAAGUAUGUGCAAGCUUCAUGAAAAAGACAUGGCACUGAAAGAGAGGAUUCAGAGGAUGCAACUGCUAGACAGCCUCGUCGCAAAGAGUAUGAAAGAGCCCUUGGAAGAUUAUGAAAAAGAGCUUAAGAAAAGACUCUCUUUAGAGAUGUUAGGUUAA